AUGUUUGGCAACCUCGACUUCAACCCCGAGAACGUUCCUCGCGUUAAGCUGGGCCUGCACAUUGUCCAGUUUGUUUUAUCCUUCGUUAUCUGGGCAUUGGAGAUUGCGGUGUUCAGAGCCAAAGAUGCCAAAAUUGUUGGAAACAAUGGCUGGACAUUCGGAGUGUGCUUCCUUUCCAUUCCUGCUUGGAUAUACCUGAUUAUGGCUCCGAGAUGGCCGAGGACCCGAAAGCUAGCGAACCCGUACGCUAUGGUUGCCGUCGAUGGUGUCUUCACCGUCAUCUGGCUUUCUGCUUUCGCCAGUCAAGCAGCUUACAACACCGCCAACCAGUGCGGUGAAGCGUGCAACCUCAGCAAGGCCAUUGUCGGUCUUGGCGUUUUCGUGACUGUCUUGUUUGGAGUCUCCACUUUCGUCAGUCUCUACACUCUGAAGCACUACCAGUUCCACGGCAGUCUUCCUGGCUACGACAAGCAGAAGAUCGCUGGCGACAACAUCGACCCCGACAAGGCUGCCUUUUCCAUGGCCCCCCAUGACGAGGAGGCUUACGCCCCCGUCAACAUGGACGACCACAACGACGACCACCCCUACGGCAGCAACGCCGGCACCGCCAGCAACAUGGGAAGCUACAACGACCGCUACGGAAGCAACAAUGCUUACGGAGGUGCCUCUUCUGCCUACGGCCCUGAGGACGAUGACCCGAACCGCUACGGCUCUCUCCCCUCGCGCCAGAACGCCGCCAUGUUCGACAGCGAGACCGACUACCACUCUCAGCCACCUGCAGCGGCGCCGACAACGAUGCCCUACACCGCCCCUGCCUAUGAUGAUGACAGGCCUGCGCAGUUUCCCGCUGCCAACUACGACCGUACCUUGAGGUAA